CGUAGACUGACGUGCAAUAAGCACCAACUAUGUUGCAAUUAUACAUACUUGCAUGUAUUACUGGAUUGCAGAGUAUACAAGGGGAGAAGUACACACUAUGCCCAAACGGAUGGCUGGCAAACGAGGGGUCUUGCUACUGGUUUGGACAUAUUGAUAACCCAAUGGCUUAUACUACGGCUGAGGAAUACUGCCGUCACCAUAACAGUCAUCUUGUGCAUGUGAACGACUCUGCAGAGAAUGACUUUCUGAAGGAUCGAAUGAGAGAAUUAAGAGAUUUUCAACCCGGACAAAAUGCAAACAACAACGAAGAUUGUGCCCUUUUUGACUGGGAUUUUGACUUCACAUGGGCCGAUGUUCACUGCAACUUUCAAACUACACCUCUGUGUGAGAAACCGUGA